UGAAAAAGACGAAGUCAGUUACUCUCAAAGGUUCGUCAGUUUACCUGUGAAUUGAACGGUGAUGUGUCCGUAUUUCAGUGUAAGAUGAAACGAUGAACGCUCGAACACAAAUGCUCGAACUGUCAGUAGAAGGUCGUCAGAUUGAAGAGACAGUCAGUGGUAUAUUUCAUACAUUGUUGCUUCACAGAACUGUUGGAAAGUUCCAUUACAAACAAGAGGGAACUUAUUCUAUAGGGACUGUUGGUAUACAGGAUGUAGACUGUGACUUUGUAGAUUUUACUUAUGUGAGAGUGGCAUCUGAUGGUCUUGAUCAGACCAUUAAGAAAGACAUUGCUUUAUUCAGGGAUACACUCCGCAGCACAGAUAAUCCUGGAUCGGGACAAAUUUCCUUGGAGUUCUACCAGAAGAAGAGAGCCCGGUGGCCAUUUCCUGCCGAGUGUAUCCCAUGGGAAGUCUGGACAGUAAAACUGGACAUUUUAACUCUUAAUAAUGAAAAUGAGAGGCAGAUUUGCAGGGAAAAACUAGGAGAAAUGUUAGGAGAGAAGGUCAUGAAUAUUGCAGAUCUAAUGAAUCGCCAUGAAUAUGUUCCCAAGAUGCCAAACCAAGCAGAACUGGAUUUGGUAUUUGAUACAAGUAUUUCAGAUGUACAACCUUACUUAUUCAGGAUAUCUCACCAAACCACCGGCCCCUCCCAGUCCUCUGUUGGAACGACGAUGAGGAAAUUCAUUAAGGAUACCUUGGCUUUAUGAUGUUAUGUGAGGGAUCGCUCAUUAACUCUCACAGAAAGUGACUUUUAGCAGCACCUGUAUAAAGCCAGCUUCUCUUCAACAAGUGUCUUUCAUGUGGAAUGAGUGGAUUUAGUGAAUUUGUCUUAGAACUGUGUGAAUGUUACUUGAGUGAUUUGCUAUAUUUAAGUGUGCCAUGCAAGUGUAAUAAUUUUGAUUGAAAAGGGAGAUACAUAUACAUGUACAAGUUUGCUUCAGAUAUUUAGAGGUGUUUAAAGUUAUCAGGUUGACAAACUCAUUUGUUGAUAUUACAAGCAACUGACAUCUUUUAAUUUGAUUAUAAAACUGUAUAAAAACUUUUUUUUAAGAUGAAACCUGCAUUGCAAGAAGAUUGUAAAAGUAAAAAAAAAAAAGAAUAUAAAGAUAAAGUUAAAGGCAAA